UUCCCAGAAGUUGCUGGCCUUUAGACACCAAAUGCAUGUGCUGCCUUAACACAGACCAUGGCAUCAAACCUGACAAAAUUCAUCCAUUCCCUGGAUCCAAGAACCCUCCCCAGGGUCCUCCAAAUCCAGUCAGGCAUCUACUUCCAAGGCUCCGUUUAUGAAAUGUUUGGAAAUGAAUGCUGCCUGCCAACCGGAGAAUUGAUUAAAGUUACUGGGUUCAAAGUUAAUAAGAUCAUUGCAAGCAUCUGCGAGAGUAAUGAAGACGACCAGUGCUCAGCCAGAAUUGAAUUGCCCCUGAAUUUUCCAGGUCUUUGUAAGAUUGUGGCUGAUAAAACUCCAUAUCUCAGCAUUGAAGAAAUCACAAGAAAGGUUUCUAUUGGGCCAACGCGACUGGGCCAUCCUUGCUUCUAUUGCAAUGAAGACAUAAAACUGGCAAAUCUCACCAUCAAACAAGGUGAGCAGAUCAUGUUCAACUCUGUGGAAGAGGUCAACGGGACACUGACUGUGAACUGCGGAGUGGUAAGAGAUAACCAGUCUCACUCAUUUAUUUUGCCAUUCUCACAAGAAGGAGAGUUCUAUGAAUGUGAAGAUGACCAUAUUUACACCCUGAAAGAGAUUGUUGAAUGGAAAAUCCCAAAAAGUAGAAACCGGAUUGUGAAAUUUACCAAUCUGUUACAUACAUGGGACUCCUCUAAUCCACUUCCUGAAAAUUUUGAUGGCUGUCUGAUUCUAGCACCAAUCUACGAAGUACAAGGAGUGAUGAAAUUUCGAAGGGAUAUAGUUCAUAUCCUCUCUGAUCUAGACAUUGAAGUCAUAGAUGUAACAGAUGGUUAUGAUAUUAGCUCUUUCCUUCAGCCAUUAUCCAUGGAAGAUGUAUUUGAAAGGACAAGCAAAGAAUUUCCGAUGGUUGCUGAGGUUAUAGAAGGGCCCACAGGAAGACAGCAACCUUAUAAUUUAUUAUGUCCUGGGAAAGAAAUUGUCAUUCACAAAAAGUACCAGGCAAAAAGAAUCCUUGCAUCUGAGAUCAGAAGUGAUUCCCACAAAAGACACUUUUUAAUUCCUGCCAGCUACAAAGGAAAGUUCAAGAGAAGACCUCGGGAGUUUCUAACUGCCUAUGACCUGGAGAUAGCAAGAAGUGACAAGGAGCAGCUUCAUGUUGUAGCAACUAAAGCCUUUGAUUCUCCCCAUGCAGAAUUGUUUUCUGUUUCCGUUGGAGACCAGUUUCUAGUUCAACAGUGCCAGACUGGUGAAGUCAUAUACCAGGGAAGGAAGAAAGUGAUAGAUGUUUUGGCCUGUGAACAAAUACUAAGUGAGGCCUAUAAGAAAGUGCUUCUUCCUAUGUAUAUGGAAGGUGGCUUUGUUGAAGUGAUUCAUGACAAGAGACAGUACCAGCUUUCAGAGCUUUGCAAAGAGUUCCGCUUGCCCUUUAAUGUCAAAGUGUCUGUGAGGGAUCUCUCCAUUGAGGAGGAUGUCUUGGCUGCUAUGCCUGGACUGCAGCUUGAAGAAGAAAUCACAGACUCCUACUUGCUAAUCAGCAGUGCUGGUGAUCCUGCAGACAGUUGGGAAAUUCCUGUGUAUCGUCUAAAUAUGUCUGUUCAGUUGCUCAGCAAACCUGUUGACGAAACUGUAUCCUCCCCAACUAGAACUAUUGUGGAAGAGAUCAGUGAAGAACAAUAUUACAUGGUGAGGAGAUUUGAAAACCAAGCCCUACACCCACCACCCAGACCUCCCAAAAAGCCAACAACACUGGAAUCAAAACCUCUUCUCACUGUGCCAGAGCGAAGUGUGUCAGAUGCACUGCAUGCUGUGAAGAAUCUCUAUGUAGACACCACUAAGAAACCGUGCUCAGACCAAGCUACUGCUGUUUCAGAAUUACAAGUUAGUUGUCAGAAUGAUUUAGUGCACUGGGAGAAUGAGGACGACGUGACUGGGACAGCAACAUUACUGGACACCAGUGUGAUUAAAGGUCCAAUAAACAAUAUGCUUCUGACGUAUGGAACAGAAAAGGAACUGGAGGAGAAGCACACCUAUGAAUAUGUGGAUGAAAACGUAAUUGAAAACAUAAGGAAAAAAUUCCAAGAAAGCACAGUUCAUCAUAAAACGUAUCCCCUGAAGAAGAAGAGGGAAGAAACCUCUAAAAUGGAAUAAUACUGAAAUUAACCCGAAAUGACUGGAAAACUGCAUAUAUUAUGUAAUAAGAUCAUCCACAACUACAAGAACAAACGAAUCACGAAAGAAACACCGUCUUCCUUCUGUCUCAUGAAAAGCUCCCAAGGCUGCAAUUCAACUACACCAAGCCCCUGAGAAACUAAACUACUUUCACAAUCAUAAAUAAAAAGUCAUGCACGGUACUGGUUCCCCUAGUAAAUAUUUAUUCACAAAUUCAUAUAAUUAUGCCAAUUAGGAUACAAUUUUGCCUUCUCAGUGCACCCAAGACACCCAUUGAUUUCCUAGGCCACUGUAUGGCACUUGCUCCAGGCCAAUUCCUUAUUCUAAAGUGUCCUAUAAUUGUAAAUGUUUUGGGGAGAGAGGGUAAAGUAAUUCCUCAUUUAAUUAAACACUUGCAAAUGUUCCGGGUUGAGUUUCAGGUGUGGUGUACUCAAAAUUACCAAGGGACAGAUUCUGCCACCCUUUCUGGUUCUGCGUAGUACCUUACUGUGCAGAUAGUACCUUUGCUUCACAAGUAAUCCCAUUGAAAUCAAUGCAAGUGCUCACAGAGUAAAAUACUACCCAGUGGGAGUAAGGGUGGCUGAACCUGGAACAAAGUAAAUCAGAGUAUUUUGGGUUAGAUUGUGUCCAUAUGGGGGAUAGGAAGGGCUGAUCUUCUGGGCUCCUGGAGUAGGAGCCACUAAGAAUCAUAGCCUCUUUGUUCAGGAAGAGACAGUUGCUCAGUCUGGGAGUUAUUUGCUGAAAACAGAACAAGGAAGCAUGGGGAGGGGUGAGAGCAGGCGGAGUCAUGUCUCCGUCCUCCCUGUGCGUUGUGAGCAGGGAGGACGCUGCACUUUUAAAAAGUUAUGUAGCAAAUUAUUCUCCCAUCCACACCCAAGCACAACUGGGCCAGUGCAUCUCCACACAGCCUUUCAAUGGGCUGUGCCAAACAGGAGCCAUUAGGUCUUGAUUAACGCUCUAUCUGUUACAUACAAAUGGGUAACUGCCUGUAACAAAGAAUAUCCCAAGACAAGUGAGGUCACGGGAAAAAGAGCAUACCAGAUUCUUCAUAUUUUUUAAAAAUUUGCUUUAAAAUGUUUUCCUUUUUAAAAAUAUUUUUGAAAAAUGAAAAAUAAGUGCUUAGACAGUUCCAUGAGAGGUGAAGGGUUUGCUGGAUGCAAAACCUACCUGAUGAGCAUCUGAGGUACAUUCAUUGGUGCCCUACCACUAUCCUUCUUAGUAUUGUGGAAAUAGCAAUUAUGGUGGGUAUUUCUGCUUAUUUAGAUGAGGAUGCUUUUAAAUCUAGCUGUGAAUGUACGAGCAGUGCUGAUAUGGGAAACAUACAUUCUGUACUCUCAUAUUACAAAGCAACGAAGCACCAAAAAUGCCUACAACAUUUUUCUGUAAAUAUUUUUAAAGAAAAAAUCCCUACGAUAUAUAGUAUACCCUGAAUUGCUGAUAGGAAAUCCAUGGAAUGGUUAGUUACCUGUAUGGUAAAUUCAUUUAGGAUUUCUUUGCACUGUUUUAUAUUAAUUUAAUUAGGGUAAAUCCUUUUCCUUACUAUAACCAUUGUUUAAAUUAUUCCAAUUACUAAACAGUACUUCAGAGA